AUGUCUCCUAAGCCUUUCAGUCCAUUACCGUUGAACAAGAGUGAGCAGAGACGGUGGUCUCACUGGUUUUCAAUUUCCUUCCCUAGUCUUAAAUCGCUGGAGUACGAAGUGGAUAUCCGGCUGUGGAAGCUUUUACUCGAGGGGACGCCAUCUAAACGAUUGAUCGAAUUUGUAUUCCAGUCUUUUGGACUGAUCAUCCCCGAUGGUCUUCCCAAAGAAGAGCUUGAUGUAUGUCCGUAUGAAAGAAACUUGAAGCGCGGGAACUCCGAUCGGCCUUCAUUAGAUAGGCAAUCCCUCUUCACGACCAAUCGACAAGAAAGAACAUACACUGACCAUCUUGAUGGAUUCGAGAUCCCAUCCCAUUCUCCUCUAUGGAUCACAGAACGAGGCAAGAAGCAUACGACUGUCUUAGCGAGAUCUGAGGUGAGGAAUUCGGGGAAACCACAGGACGGAAGAGUAGCGUUAGAACAAGAGAAAGAAGCAAGUCAAGCCGACUUCAAAGUUGUGUUUGGAUUGAAAAGGUUUGGAGCAGCUCAAACGAGGAAGCGGAAACUUCUUGAUCUAAGGUGCAAUUGCCUUGAGAUUCAGUGCGCUAACACUCUUAUAAGAAAAGAAAGGAACGAAGUCGCAUCUACCUUUCUUUAG